UACAAGUUGUAUCAUGUGAACAUGGCUGAAACGGUGGACAGUUUUGACUUUCUCCUCCGUCAAAUUUCAAACAGUUUUCAUGUUUACUCGGAUGUUCUGUCCUUGAUCGGUGCAUAUUAUGUGACGAAGAAGGCCAUUAUUACGUGCUAUAGGGUGCAGUAUGUGGUUAGGAUGCAUUUUUAUCCCAAGCUGAAACCAAAACGAGAUUUUGUCAGAGAAUUUGGAGAGUGGGCAGUUGUAACAGGUUCUACAGAUGGGAUUGGUAAGGCUUAUGCCAAGGAGCUUGCUCGUAAUGGUGUGAAUAUCAUUCUCAUUAGUCGCUCUGCUGAGAAACUCAAGAAGGUAGCUACAGAGAUUGAGUCUUUCUAUGGUGUCAAGACUCAUGUGAUCAAAGCAGACUUCAGCCUCGGAUCUGAGAUAUAUGAUGACAUCUCUACUAAACUACAAGACAUGCAGAUAGGUAUCUUAGUUAAUAACGUCGGUGCAAUGGAUUUUCCUCAACUAUUUCUUGAGAUGGAUGUCGAUCGUAUAAGACAACUAAUUAAUAUCAAUAUUGGAGCUGCUACCAUGAUGACCAAGCUUGUUCUACCUCAGAUGGUAGCGAGGCGACGCGGAGUGGUGGUUAAUGUCUCUUCAGGAACUUCUAUUCAUCCUAGCCCACAGCUAGCCCUAUACUCGGCAUGUAAGACAUACCUAGAUGUAUUCUCCCAAGCGCUGGAGUACGAAUACAGAAAUCAUGGAAUCAUCGUUCAGACUCUCCUCCCGUCGUACGUAGCAACCAAGAUGGCUGACUUCGGCGAGACCAUGCCCAGAUCUCGUUUUCUAAUCCCAUCGGCCGAUGUCUAUGCUAAGAAUGCAGUAGCUAGUAUUGGCAUUGCUAACAGGACAGCGGGGUACUGGCCUCAUGCUGUACAGUCAUGGAUUGCGAGGCAGAUUCCCAGGGACGUCUGGUUGUGGGGCGCAAACAUUCUAAACAGCGCCCUCAGACGGCAAUACGAGGUCAGGAGGAAGCUGAAGGUGGUGAAGUCCAGCUCGAGGGGCAGGUUAGCAGGGAAAUCUCCUACCGUCGAUUCAGCAAGCAAGCCUGUUUGACGUUCAGGGACUUUCUAGUUGAUAAGCUUUUUUAUUACUCGUAGUGGAGCAAUGAGAAACUGCAUUGUUAUUUUACUUGUAUUUAAGAAAACUCGGGCACUAGUAACAGGAUUUCAGGCAAGCAGACAAGCCAGUUUGACGUUGCUCCUUGUUCUAUUCGUAGUGAUGAAACACUGCAUGUGCACACGGUUCUUGUAUGAGAUCAAACUCUGGGACGAGUGGCAGGAUACUUUAAAUGCUAACAGCUGAAUCAGCAGGCAAGCCAAUUUGACGUUCAGGGACUCUUCAAUCGAUAAUCAUUUUUUUACUCAUAGUAGAGCAAUGGAAAACUGCAUGCAUGCACUAUUAUUUUACUUAUAUUUAAGAAAACUCUGGCACUAGUGUCAGGCUUUCAAGCUACAUGCCAAUGGCUGAAUCAACAAACAAGCCAGUUUGACGUUGAGGGACUUUCCAGUUGAGAAACCUUUUUUUCCUCGUAGUGGAGCAAUGAAAAAAUGCCAGUUCUCUCAGUUUAUAUGUUACUUGUAUGACUUCUUUGCUCGGUAAAAUUGACAUUGAACUCUUAAAAUCAACCCUCAAACUCACUUAUUUCAGCAGAUGUGUAGUGGUAACUAACUUUGAUUGGAUGAGCCUUUGACUAUUUUGAACAGAAAUAUGGCACAAUUUAAAUUCUGUGGAUUGUUAUCUACCUCGGGCGCCAGUGGGAGGCUUUCAGGCAAAAUAUCAAUUGCUGAAAGUCUGUAACAACGACGAGCAUCUGUAAAGUAAUAUUAUGGAAUGGGUAUCAUGCAUAAGUAAUUACAUGUACCAUUGCAUGGCCAGCCAGCAUCUGGUAAAUUUGCUAUACGUCCGGUAAUUGCUUAUGCGUGGCAAAGUUACAUGUACCUGAUGCAUGGCCAGUAAUGCAUCGGUAAUUACGUAGGAGCUGUGGUGUACUGGUUUUGACUCUCGCCUUGUAAACAGAGGGUCGUGUGUUCGAAUUCCAUCCGAGGUCUGGCGUCCUUUGGCAAGGCGUUGAUCCACACUUUGCCACUUUCGACCCAGGUGCUGAAUGGGUACCCGAACCCCACUAGGAUGUGAAAGUCAUUGUAGCUUGUCCAGUACUGUGAGCGCCUCACUGGCGACUGACUGGAAUUCUACCCAGGGAGUGGAGGAUGUGCGCACAUUGUGUGCAGGAGUGACUGAUUGAAUCCAAUGACCGCGGUAAUAACAUACCUGUAAAGCGCUUAGACACGUCAUUCCAAUGUACUAUAUAAAAGCGGAUUAGUAUCACUAUUAUUAUGCAUGGUUAUAAAGAUAUUGAUUUUUAGCUUAAAUAUUCCACCAUUCUAUAAAAAAAUAAUACACAGGUUUGUUCGUGCAUCAGUAGGACUAGUGAGCAAGCGGUAACUAUGGAAACUACAUGUUGUCUAAAACCAUGAGGCGCAGCCUUAUGGGUUUAACAGUUCCAUAGUUACCUUAUGCUCACAAAACCUACUGAUGCACGAACAAACCUGUGUAUCAUUUGUUAUAUAGAAUGGUGGAAUAUUCAAGCUAAAGAUCAAUAUUUUUACAAGCAUGUAUAGUAAUAGCAGGGGGGCGAUCUGUUGUUUCAUCCCCCCCCCAAUUGAAUAGUAUGACGUCACAGAUUGAUGCCAAUGUGUAAUGGUACGGAUACUUAAAUGCCAUACCUUGGCCCCAUCUUACACAGCGUUAUGAUCGAUCCGAUGAACUAUGGAAAGCCAUAGAGGUCAGAAUUAUUCAUAAAUGAAAUAUUCACGAUGUCCAUUUGACAAUAAAGAGGAACAUAUUGAAUUAUCAAGUCAACGAUGCAUGCAUGAAUAUGAAUCAUAUUUAGAGAAUAUUUUGGACUGACCUAUGCAUUUUCGGUGUGGGGAUUGCUGGCUUUCUAUAGUUCUAGGCCUUGUCUUUCAAAGAGUUGCGAUCGAUAGGAUCAAUCUCAACUAUGGAUGGCCAGCAACGUCAACAUCUAGAAUGCAUGAACGUUCAAAAUGUUUUUUAGAUAUGACGUAAAUUACAUGAAUUCAUCGGUUUCUUGACAAUUUGGUGUGUUCUCCUUUGUGUACAAAAGGACAUUUUACAAAUUUCCUGUGGAAAAAAAUAUGACACUGAUGGAUUCCAUAGAGCUACGAUCGAUUAGAUCAAUCAUAACUCUUUGUAAGACUGGGGCCCUGAUUUUCUGUAUGUAGUACUGAAAAUUGAGAAGAAUACUGAUUUAUAAAGUUACAGUUUUAUGUGUUGUCCUACGGUAUUUCUUUGAAAAUACUGAUUUCCUCCCCAGAAUACUGAAAUGUUCUUGUUCAGGUUUUCAGUAAGAAUUACAUGUAACCCUUUGCAUGCUGAUGUUGCAAUUUCGCACAUUCGUACAAUGAAAUUCAACAAUCGUAAUAAUUAGUUUUCUCCACUAACUUCAUAUUAAAGGUCAAGUCCACCUCAGAAAAAUGUUGAUUUGAAUCAAAAGAGAAAAAUCAGACAAGCAUAAUGCUGAAAAUUUCAUCAAAAUCAGAUGUAAAAUAAGAAAAAUAUGACAGUUUAAAGUUUCGCUUAUUUUUCACAAAAUAGUUAUAUGCACAAUUUAGUCACAUGCAAAUGAGAGAAUCGAUGAUGUCCCUCACUCAAUAUGUCUUUUGUUUUUUCUUGUUUUAAUUAUACAUUAUUUCAAUUUUUGCAGAUUUGACAAUAAGGACCAACUUGACUGAACCAUAAAAUGUUAAGCAAUGGUAAUUCAACGUGUUCAGGGAGAAAUAAAACUUUGUUUCACAGGACAAUGAGGAGAAAAUUAAAAUAUUUCAUAUAAUAAGAUAUGAGUGAGUGAUGUUAUCACUUUCCUCAUUUGCAUACCGACCAGGAUGUGCAUAUAACUAGGAGUGGGCUAU